UUGUAACAACGACAUAAAAACAAUAUUAUUUGAUAUUGUUUAAUAUACAGUUUAACAAUUUAUUAUUACCAACACGCUCAUUAUGAGUUCGGGCGCUGUUCGUACACCUGUCUCCCAAAUAAUUCACAACAAAGAUGAUCAGGAUGUGGAUGACGAGCCCAAGAAGAAAUCACGCGAAGAUUGGCGAAAAGCAAAGGAGCUCGAAGAAGCUCGAAAGGCGGGUACUGCACCAGCCGCUGUCGACGAAGAGGGUCGUGAUAUAAAUCCCCAUAUACCGCAAUACAUUUCCAAUGCUCCCUGGUACUACGGUUCUCAGGGACCCACAUUGAAGCAUCAGCGCCCGCAGCACGAGGAUGAGCGUGGCCAGUUGGAUAAGAAGGCUCCCAAAGGUCUGGAUACGUCCAAACUGGUAACUAAGUUUCGUAAGGGAGCCUGUGAAAAUUGUGGAGCCAUGACGCAUAAGAAAAAAGAUUGCUUGGAGAGACCGCGCAAAGUGCAGGCCAAAUACGCAGAAUCAAUUGUGGUGCACGAUGAGCAUAUUGUGAACGAUUCCUCGAUCAACUACGACGAGAAGCGCGAUCGCUGGAGCUCUUAUGAUCCGUCUAACCAUCGAGAAAUUAUCGAAGAGUACGAGAAAGUAGAGGAAGCUAAACGACAGCUAAAGGCAGAAAAGCUAAAGAAUGAUCCUGAUGCGGAAAUCUCUGGUGAAGAGGGUAAUGAAGACAAAUACGUCGAUGAGGUGGACAUGCCGGGCACAAAAGUCGACUCUAAGCAGCGUAUUACAGUGCGUAAUUUGCGUAUCCGGGAGGAUACUGCAAAAUAUCUGCGUAAUUUGGAUCCAAAUUCAGCUUACUAUGAUCCCAAGACCCGAUCUAUGCGCGAUAAUCCCAAUCCAGCAAUACCUGCUGAGGAAGCGGAAUUUGCAGGAGAGAAUUUCGUGCGAUUCUCUGGCGACACCACAGCGCAAGCCACUGCCCAACUGUUUGCUUGGGAGGCGCAUGGCAAAGGCGUUGAUGUACAUUUACUUGCCGAGCCCACAAAGCUGGAGUUGCUGCAAAAGGAAUACGAACAGAAAAAGGAACAGUUCAAGUCAAGUACAAAAACGAACAUUGUGGAAAAAUACGGAGGCGAAGAGCAUUUGCAGGCGCCGCCAAAAUCGUUGCUGCUCGCCCAGACCGAGGAAUACGUAGAGUAUUCACGUAGUGGCAAGGUUAUAAAAGGCAUUGAGAAGCCCAAAGCCCGCAGCAUAUACGAGGAGGAUGUGUAUAUUAACAACCAUACGACCAUAUGGGGUAGCUAUUGGAAUGCUGGCCGUUGGGGUUACAAAUGUUGUAAAUCUUUCAUUAAGAACUCAUACUGUGUGGGUAUGCAAGAACCGGAAGGCUAUUCGGAGCAGCAGCAUACCACAACACCGAGUGCGGCAUCCGUUGCAGCUCCAAUUGCAGAUGCUGCUCCACAAAUACCGACAGAAGAGGAUGUUCGGAAUCAAGCAGCUGAGUCCGAAGUUGACUCUGCACACAGUACAGAAGAGUCCUCCGAGUCCGAAGAGGAGGUAAAGGAAUCCAAAAAGUCUAAGAAAAAGUCAAAGAAACGCGAAAAGAAAAAGAAGGCGAAGGAGCAACGGAAAAAUAAAAAGAAACACAAGGAAAUGAAAGAAAAAGAGACGAUUACAUCCAAAUCCAAAUCCAAGGARAUAUCCGAAGAGGUUGAUGAUAGGAAGCGUCCAUAUAACAGCAUGUACGAUGUUAAGGCGCCCACCGAGGAGGAAAUCGAAGAAUGGAAGAGGAAACGCACGCGCACUGAUGAUCCCAUGCUCCAAUUUCUCUAGGCAAUAGAAUACAAAAUACAAUAUAAUAUAUGGAAAGACCGACAAUUGGAAAUUA